CGAGAUGUUAUUCAUUGGAGUAUGCGCUCAUGUUCGACUGCAUGAAAUUUGGAAAUUCUGCCCCAAGCAUUGUAGUCAAAGCCCUCUCGUCUUUGCUUCGCUAUAUGCAGUGGUUGAGCUGCUGCGCCAAACUGAGCCAGAAUGAAUAACCUGCUACAUGUUGCUCUAAAGCGUCUGGCACAUGACAUGGUUGGCGAUGCCACUGAAAAUUAAGAAAGUACAGAUUUUUUCCCCCUUGAUGCUAUGUGCAAAAGUAGGGCUGCACGAAUUCUAUGUGCAAAAAGUAGGGCUGCACGAAUAUUCUAAUUUUCUAAUAGUAGUUCAAAUAAUACGUUAUUUGAUAUUCGCUUCCAAAUGAACUGCAAUAUUCAUACUUUUCGAAGCUUACAAUGUUCAUAUUGACAUUGUCAGAACACAUCACUUGAGCAGUUUUUGUAAUGAAAAUAUUUGUCGAGUAUUACGACAGCUUCAUUCGAUGGGACCAUUGCCACUAAUUUUUCUUACUCAUGUCUCCAUGUUUCAUUUCAACGCAAUCUACUUGCAGGCUGUCACCGGCCCCCAGCUGCAAUUUUACGAUGUGGUUGUGAGCUGGCCCGGGUCGGUACACGACAGCCGGAUAUUUGACAACUCCCGUGUGCGGGUGCUGUACGAGGAACGCCGGGUACCAGGGGUGCUGCUUGGGGACAUGGGCUACGCCUGCUUCUUCUUCCUGAUGACCCCCCUGGCAGAUCCCGGUCCAGCUAACACACCACGAGGCAGGUACCAGAAGGCCCACAUCAAGACGAGAAACUCUGUCGAAAGGGCCUUUGGCAUCUGGAAGCGGCGCUUCCCCUGCCUCGACAUGAGGCUGCAGCACAAGCCACGUCGGGCCGUCCAGAUCAUCACAGCCUGCGCUGCACUCCACAACCUGGCCUGCCUGAGAAAGGACCCACAGCCUCCACCUCCCCCAGCUCCGCCAGUUGUGCCGAGGGCACGGAGACCCAGGAGGAGGGCCACACGGCCAGUCCACCUACCACCCGCCGUGGACACCGUGGAGGACUCCCUCACGGGCAUACAGAAACGGGAGCAAAUCAUCGAAAGAAGCUUCAAGUAGAAACUUCUUUCGAAGUGGAAGCUCCCUUCUGCAAUGACUGAUCGAGCUUUGCCUUAAAGGGGCGGUGGAACAAUAUUCAGUUAUAAUGUUUUUCACUUUACACAAGCUUACUGGCACUAGAGGAACCCUAGUAUACUUAAAUGCAAUGCCGCUGACCAAGAAACAUUUUUUGUUGCAGUGUAAUUUCAGAUAAAAGCAACCAUUUUCUUUCAAUCACUCCUACACAAACGCUC